AUGGCGGCGAAAUUCAAACGUUUCGAAAAUGGAACGCCGUUUACGGUGCGCGAGCGUGGGGAUGAUUCGGUGCACGAGAAUAGAACGCCGGCCGUUUUAGAGGUGGGGGCUCGCAGGAAGAGGCGAUGGCCCUGUCGACCGGAUGUCGGCGUUUGGUUGCUGUCACUCACCGCCCUCCUCGCCUGUUGCCAUGGUUACCAGGAACAGAGGUUCGCGAUGGAGCCCCAGGAUCAGAGUGCUAUUGUGGGCUCGAGGGUUACGCUUCCUUGUCGGGUGGAGAACAAAGUCGGAAGUUUACAGUGGACAAAGGACGACUUCGGUUUGGGGACACACCGCAAUUUGAGCGGUUACGAGCGAUACUCCAUGAUCGGGAGCGACGAAGAAGGUGAUUACUCACUAGACAUAAGGGACGUGACUCUGGAGGACGACGGAAAAUACCAAUGCCAAGUUAGCUCGGGGCUGAACGGUGAGCCAGCCAUUCGGUCACGGUACGCGCACCUCACUGUGUUGAUAGCGCCGGAACCCCCUCGCAUCGUGCAAGGUGCUUUCAUCGACGCCACCGAGGGCCAGCCUGUGGACAUCGAGUGCGUUUCGGAAGGUGGAAAACCGGCUGCGGAAAUUACUUGGGUCGACGGGAAUCAGGUGGUCAUUAAGAAAAACGUCGAGAAUAAAGUGGAACUAUUACAAGACGGACAAAGAUUUAAAACGAGAUCUGUCCUGCGGUUAGCGCCUAAUAAGGGAUACCACAAUCAGACAAUAACUUGUCAAGCGCAGAAUACAGCCGACAGAGCAUACAGAAUGGCCACCGUGCACAUUGAGGUGAAGUACGUGCCGAAAGUCAACGUCACAAUUAAAUCGGCCACUGUCAAGGGAAGAAUAGCAGAGGGGAGCGAGGCAAGAAUACGUUGCUCCGUUGACUCGAACCCACCGGCCCAAGUUUAUAGGUGGUACAUUAACAGCAACCCCGUGAUAGGAGACUACACCGAUGAGAUGAUAAUCUUCAACGUUUCUCGCAAACACAAUAAAGCUGUGGUUAAAUGCGAAGUCAGUAAUGCUGUAGGUCAGAAUGAUGGAACCGUUACCUUAGAUGUUACAUAUCCACCGUCAUUCAGAACCCGACCAAUGAACGUGGAAGCGGAAGUGGGGGCGCGGGUGACGUUAAGUUGCGACGUAGAUGGCCAGCCGGAACCGGAAAUCAGGUGGCUAUUCCACGAGCCCGGCAGGAUCGGGCAGGUUAAGGGAAAGACUCCGAACUUGAAGGUCUACGUAAACAAUGAUACGGCAGGACGGUAUAUAUGCAAAGCCACGGUUGAUGGUUAUCAAGAGAUUGAAAGUGAAGCUACCAUUUUUAUAAAAAGUAUCCCCAAAAUCCUCUCGAACAGGACGCAGUUCGGUUCUGACGGUGAAAUGGUCAGGGUCGAGUGCGCUGCAUUUUCGGUGCCAAAGCCCGACGACAUCAGGUGGUACUUCGAGGGUCGCGAGAUCAGCGUGAUACAGGACCCGGACUAUGCGACCUUAGAAGAAACUUUACCAGACGGUGUAGUGAAAUCUAGCUUAGUGAUCCGAGCAAGCCAAUCGAAACAUUAUGGAGUAUACAAUUGUAGUGUCACAAAUGAAUAUGGAAAUGCAAAUGCAGCUAUAACUUUUAAGCCUUUGAAAUCAUUACCGUUAUUCAUAAUUCUCAUUGGCGUUACGUCGGGCAUCAUCAUCUUCUCCGCUUUCGUCAUUCUUCUGGUGAUAUGCCAUAGAAGAAGGAGGAAGAAGAGUCAGCAGAUCAAUGAGAAGCCCGAUGUCACGGUUACCACUGGAGAUAUGUAUAAAGAGAGCGACAGAAGUUCAAAUAUUAGCGAUCUCAAACUUCAAAUCGGCCAGGGCGAUGGAAGUUAUGAACUGGAUUACACAAGUUCCGAUCGCUCCGAGACGAAGAAUCCAGCCGGUUUGCCAUUGGCUGGUCCAGUGACGUUACCCAACCUCCGGCACGAUGAUCCACUCAUGCAGUUCAGUUAUAGCAACGACUAUUCUGACCCGACGUACAACGAUCCAUACUUUAAGAAUCCUGCGGGCUAUGUGUACGACUAUCCUCAGGGCUACGUGCCUCCCCCGCAUCUGAGAGUUCAAUCUCCGACACAGUUAGAUUUACCUCCGAAUAGGUCGUUGCAAGGUUCAUUGACUCGCAGCAUCGACACGGCGUCUACUCUCCCAUUGUCGGCCGGCAAUGGAUCGCAGAGCAACUCUUUGCAACGAACGAACAAAUCAACCGACGAAACCGACGCGAUCAAUAAUCUCGGACUGCCUACAGGCGGAGACAAUCCGCCCACGCCGAUAUACGCCCAGCCGAACGCGAAAGGCCACGCUGGCGUCGACCUAAGAUACGCCGCCACAUACGGAAACCCGUAUCUAAGGAACAGCUCGGUCGGCUACGGCAGUCAAGUACAUACAGCCAAGCCGGCGUCGACACCAGCACCACCUCCAUAUUCCGCGGUGAGAAGCUCUGUCGUCUUGCCAUCAGGUAACGGGUCUCCACCAGCUCAAGGAACGCACGUA